CGCGUUCCGAACCGGACAGACAGACUGAAACGUAAUCCUCUCUCCCCCAGUCCCCCUCCGCGCUCGCGCUCGCUCUCGCAGUCGAGAAAUCGCAUCCUUCCCGGCCGCGAUCGCUCCCGGAUCAGGGGGAAGGAGAGAUGGCGAAUCUAACCAGCCUUACCUCAAACCCGAACCCGAACAAGUCUUUUGAGGUCCUGCCUAAUCCAGGCGACUCCCUCUCAAGCCUCAGUUUUAGCCCAAAGAGUAACCUGCUAGUAGCAACGUCCUGGGAUAACCAGGUGAGGUGUUGGGAGAUAGUUGGUAGUAACAGUCAGCCAAAGGCAUCCAUAUCACAUGAUCAGCCGGUGCUCUGCUCGGCUUGGAAGGAUGACGGGACUACUGUCUUCUCUGGAGGCUGCGAUAAGCAGGUUAAAAUGUGGCCUUUGUUGUCUGGUGGGCAGGCUCAGACUGUUGCAAUGCAUGAUGGACCCGUCAAGGAGAUAGCAUGGAUUCCUCAAAUGAGUCUUCUUGUCUCUGGAAGCUGGGAUAAGACAUUAAGGUAUUGGGACACAAGACAACAAAAUCCUGCCCAUGUUCAGCAACUUCCAGAGCGUUGCUAUGCUCUUUCAGUGAAUUAUCCCCUUAUGAUUGUGGGAACUGCUGAUCGUCAUAUCGUGAUAUUCGACUUACGGAAUCCUCAGGCGGAAUUUAAGCGUAUCCAAUCACCACUGAAAUACCAGACACGGUGCGUGGCUGCAUUCCCUGAUCAACAGGGAUUUCUGGUGGGUUCAAUAGAAGGAAGAGUUGGUGUGCAUCAUAUUGAUGACGCACAGCAAAGCAAAAACUUCACUUUUAAAUGUCACAGGGAGGGAAAUGAUAUAUUCUCUGUCAAUUCACUCAACUUUCACCCUGUUCAUCACACAUUUGCCACUGCUGGAUCCGAUGGUGCUUUCAAUUUCUGGGAUAAGGAUAGCAAACAGAGAUUGAAGGCUUUUAGUCGGUGCCCUCUUCCGAUUCCUUGCAGUACCUUCAAUAUGGAUGGCUCAAUAUUUGCUUAUGGGGUCUGUUAUGACUGGAGCCGUGGUGCAGAAAACCAUAAUCCUACAAAUGCAAAGACAUCCAUAUAUCUCCACAGUCCGCAGGAAGCUGAGGUGAAAGGAAAGCCGCGGAUCGCAACAGGACGGAAGUGAUUGCUUCCUCCCUACCAACAGUUGUCAAUAGAUGUACAAGAGAGAAAUGUAUAUUCAUGGGCGUUGUUUUUCGCUCGGGCCUCGCCGUGUCCAUCUGAUUCUGAAGGAUGCUUUCUUUGGUUGGUCAUCUGGAGUCUAGCCGCUGAUGAUAGUAACUUAGUCGCUGGUAGCACAUACAUAUCUGCAAGUCUGGUAUCUUCUGUUAUGGCAUAGUUGUCUCAAGGAGUGUUUUCCCAUGUUUUAUAGUACUGCCAGAUGAGCGUGUAGUCUUGAUAUUGCUGUAGACUUGUGCAAAUAUGUCCUGAUAUCUGCUCUUAUGGUAAACUGGGUGCCAAGUAAACCUUGCUAACGCUACCAUACCA